AUGGUCGCACCGAUACCCAACCUUGCUGGCUCGUCUGGCCGUGGCCCCCCGAGCUACUUUGACCUGCCGUCUCGACGCUCGCUCAAUCCUGUCUGUCACGAUGUCCAGGCUACGCUCUCGACUUUCCGCUUCUCGAGCCAGAGCCCCGCCGCUACGGACAUGCCUGCACAAGCAACACAACCCAUGACCGCAUCCAUCAGCAUGACUGGCGCGUCGGAUGACGACGAGUACGUCGAGCCUUCAUGUAUGCUCGACACGAGCAGCCGCAGACCCAGCGUCCAAAGGACCUCGAGUGCGCCAGAGCCUUCGUCGUCUAAGCCAUCGAUGUUUGUCGAGGCAGCAGGACCAAGCAUGCUCCGACCAUCUUUGGCACGAGCUUGCUCCGAGAGUCGCGCCUCGGGUGUUCUGGAGCGUCGACGCUGCAAGGUCGCCUCUGGCAACAAUGCGCUUCCGUCGAACCUCAUCCUCGACCUGGCCGACUUGCCCAUGACCAUGGGCGCGGGCAACAUCGGUCUGCUGCGCGCCGCACGCAAGGCCAUCGCCGAACCAUGCGGCUUUGACUGGGGUCGCACCGCAACAUCGGCUCCCGCGUCGACGUGCAACUCUCGAUUCGUCAAUCACCAGCAGUCUCGACUGGCAGCGCCUUCAUCGAGCGCUGCUGCAUCCGCAGCGGCCAAGUCGCUCGCAAGCGUCUCGCUGCCCGCCUCCACCACUGCCUCGGCAUCUUCAUCGCCCGAGUCGCACCGUGUUGCGAGUGGCAUUCCGACGUCUCGCUCAUGCGCCAGCUCGUCGUGGGCAAGUCGUGCGUCGUCGUCGGACGAGUCGGAAUGGGACUGGGCCCUGGCCGGCAACGCAAGGGCGACGUACGAGGCGUUGCGCUUCAGCGCGUACAAGGAAACGAGGGAGCCUGUUCACGACAUCUGGCAGCAGCUGCCCGACUGGGUCAGUCGUCGCUCCUCGCUGGGCGGCCGAGACGCAGAUCUUUCGCUGCGUGGGCCCUCUCUGCACACCUCGUUCGCACCGCAUAAGCCGACCAAGGAUGCCGCCGCAGCCGCAGCAGCGACCGCAGCGGCUGCAGCCGCCGCCCUAUCGCUCACGCUGUCGCACGCAUCGCUCUCGUCGCGCAGUCCGCGUAGCAGCAUCUCGGCGCGAAGCCGCGGCCAUCAAGCCAAGGUUUCGGUGCAUGUGCCCUUCCGUGUAGUUGAGGAGAUAGCGCCCUCGCACCCCUCGAUCUCGCCACGCGCCUCGUUCGCGGGCGCACGCGAGCAUGCUCUCGGUCGUCGCCGAUCGCGCAGUCACGAUCGACGCGAAUCCACAUCGGCCUGA